AUGUCUGCGACCUCAGCAAUCACCUCUGCGACCGCGGGCCCUUCCACGAGCAAGGACGCUGAGCCUUCCAAGAAGGCGGUCAAACGUCGCAACUCAACCAGCAAGCCAUCUGGAUCCCGCGAGCCUACUCGUCAAGAGUCCUUUGGUGGCGCCGUCAUCCGUGCGCUCUUUGGCACUCUCGCCUUCCUCUUUAAACGACCUGUCCGUCUCUUCCGACCGGUCAAGCUCUCGUCAUGGACGAUUCUCGAAGCUAUGGCCAAGCGAGAAGGUCGCACACUCAGUCUCAGAUACCUGCGUACGCUGCUUCGUAGAGAGAAUUCCAACUUCAUCCCGCAUCUGCUGCUGCCUCCACUCUUGUUCAACACUGCCAUCGGGUUCACGCUAUUCGAAGCAUACAGCAUCACAGAGAGUCGGCUCUUGGCCAAGGCAAAGCGGAAGAAGCUGGAGAAAGUAGGGCAAUCGGAAGAAGGCGAGGUGGUCGAUGAUGAAGCCAAGCCCAAGUGGACGCCGCUGUGGAUCGUUACGGCGUCAGGGGCGGUCGCGGGGGCAGCGCAGUGCUUUCUCUCUGCGCCAUUGGACAACGUGCGAUACAUCAUUCAGAGGUCCAAUGCGCGCCAUCACAGCGGUCACGCACACCCGAUCACGACCAUCUCCUGGCGAGCCAUCCUCCGGGCUGCCAUCCUGCCCUUUGCCCCCGCCAUCGCCCGCGACAAGCUCGUGCAGGACGUGCAAAACGAGACCAUCGAACGGUCCAAGCGUGCGCCAAAGCCGACACUGCGCGCCCGCCUCAUCGCUCUCAUAGAGCCUGCAACCACGUCGAUAAGGAACGCCAGAAACGGAAAUGCGAGCGUUGCAGAGACAUUCACAAUGUCGCCAGAGAAGCGUCAGGAGUGGGAGAAGCGUCUCAAGAGAUGGCGUGGCGGCGUUCACGGCUCCGGAUUGGCACUGUCGCUCAUUCGUGACAGCGUCGGAUUCGGCAGCUUCUUCUUCAUCUUUGAGGUGUCAAGGAGAGGAGCCUUCUUUGCAUCAACGGCGGUGGACCGGGUCAGCGCCUGGUUCAACGCGGGUGGACUUGGCAUCGUACGCCCCAGAGGUCCAGCCGUCGAUCAGCCGCAGCAGCAGGACGAAGGGUCAAACGUUGUCGGGAGACGAAAGUCCGAUGAUAGGUCCGAGAGUAGCGACGAGAUGCACAUCGAGGACGCAGGCCAGAUCGGACGGUGGAUCCGAGAUGGCCAGAGAUCGGCAAACGACGCCGACGUCAGCUACAACCAGUCACGCACGGUUGAGGGCAGAAUCGUCGCCGUCAUCAUUCUGCUGAUUGGAGGCGCCGUAGGUGCGUUGUCGUACGAACUGGUUGGCCGACCCUUCGAGCUGAUGCGAGUGGUCAUCUUCGAAGGGCGGAAGCAGUGGGAACAAGGCAAGCGCGAACCAGGCUAUCGGUCCCAUUCCAAAUCGACUCGUGCCGCAUCAAGGAGGACACACAGUCAGCCAGACUCUGGUGCGACCGGCUUCAGCACGGUAGGGCGACCCGUGGUUAAGGGUGCCAGGGUCAGCGCAGCAGACAGGGCGAAGCAGCUUGGCGGAAGAGCGUUUCAAAGACGCCCGGACUUUCUCGUCCUGCGUGCGGCGAACAAGUCGGGAAACCAGAUGUCGAGAAUCUUCGAACGGGCUAUGCUUCCGCGGCCACCACACCCUCUGCGCCUCGUUGCUGCUAGAUCACGUUCACCAGCAACGGACACCCUUGUCAAGCCCAUGCUCACAAGCACGCGAGCGCUGCAGGCGAGAAAAGCGCAACAGUCGUCAGCCCCCUCACCAUCGCCGCUGAAGGAGGAAACGCCUUCUUCAACGGAAAGCACAGAGUGCGCGACUUCAACGACGCGCGCGAAAGGGCGGUCGAGGCGGCCACAACCCAGCCUCGCAACGCGACCUGGCUUCCUCACCCUGCUCAUCGAGCACGCGCAAUCCACGGCCAAGCUCGACCGGCUCCACGCAGGUGGGCUAGACCCAUCGAAGGCAUCGAUCCCUCUCCUCCUGCUGCAUACCUACUUCGUUGCGCCCUUCCUGCCCGAGAUCCCCAAACCGGUGCUGGACAACGAGAUUGUUCGUGCCGCUGCUGGUGUGGAUAAGCAGCUCCGUCCCUCUUCCAAUACCGCUACUCCGACCAUCAGCAUCCCGGACAAGAUUAGCACAGUCGCCCAACGCACGCUGCUCAUGUCGCUUGCGUCGCGUCGCAGGGCAGCCGACUCCCCCGAGGCCAAGAUGAAGAAGAACUGGACUCUGAACAACCCAGUAAGCUCCAGUCUAGUCACAGGGAACGGCAAGGCUGGGCCAUCUGCGCACACGGCGAGGAGAGCGGGUGGAUUUGGCGCUAGCGACAAGGCGACGCUGGCCAAGGGAGGCAGGUAUUGGGGCAGCGGAAGGGUCGUUUGGGCAUUGAAGAGACUAGCCUCGCCCUAUGGCGUUGCUUUCUUGGUAUUCGCUUGGCUAGGAGGCGAUCUGAACUAG